AUGUCCGCUCCUGCAGCCAUCACCGCGCCGAUUGCUGGCACCCAACGGAUAGAGAAGAAGCCUGUCAAGUUCAGUAAUCUUCUCCUUGGUGCCGGUCUCAACUUGUUCGAGGUGACCACCCUCGGUCAACCUCUGGAAGUCGUCAAGACCACAAUGGCUGCAAAUCGUUCCGAUACCUUUGCAGGUGCCAUGUCGAGGAUCUGGGGUCGUGGUGGUAUUCUUGGAUACUACCAAGGCCUCAUCCCCUGGGCUUGGAUCGAAGCCUCAACCAAGGGUGCUGUUCUCCUUUUUGUAGCAUCCGAGGCUGAAUACUAUGCAAAGACGUUCGGCGCUGGCAACUUCGUUGGCGGCAUCGCUGGUGGCAUGGUCGGAGGCGUGGCGCAAGCAUACGCGACCAUGGGUUUCUGCACAUGUAUGAAGACGGUGGAGAUCACACAACACAAGCUUGCCGCUGCAGGUGUCAAGCCUCCUUCUACGUUUGCCACCUUCGCAGACAUCUACAGAAGAGAAGGCAUCAGGGGUAUCAACAAAGGUGUCAAUGCAGUUGCCAUCCGUCAGACCACCAACUGGGGCUCAAGAUUCGGUCUCUCCAGAUUAGCUGAGACUGGUAUUCGACGAGUCACCGGUAAAGAAGAGGGUCAGAAACUCAACGGUUACGAGAAAGUCAUUGCCAGUACUCUUGGUGGUGGCCUCUCGGCUUGGAAUCAACCUAUCGAGGUUAUUCGAGUUGAAAUGCAGAGCAAGACUGUUGACCCCAACCGACCCAAGAACCUGACUGUCGGAAAAACAUUCAAUUACAUUUACUCAACCAACGGCCUCAAGGGUUUGUACCGUGGUGUUACUCCUCGCAUUGGACUGGGCGUUUGGCAAACGGUCUGUAUGGUUGCCUUGGGAGACAUGGCAAAGGAAUGGGUCGAAAAGUUGACUGGUGACAAGGUCACCGCAAAGCACUGA